UUACAGGCGUGAAGUUCUGGAUCGACAGGCUUUCAAUUUAUCAGUGAAGAAACAAACGGGAGGCAAGAAAGGGCGGCUAGACCAAUAGGUUUGGAAGACGUCCAGACGUGGAUACUACGCAAUAUUAAUGUUUAUUGGAUGACAACCAGUAGCGCAAAACACGACCUACCAUAUGUGCCGGGUGCACAUCAUCAUGAAUUCGCGUUACCUAAUGGUGAUGCGCAUGGACAUGAAAGAUGCGCCACCUCAGCUGGCUUGCCUUUAACAAAAUCGGAAAGUACGGACGGUAGAAAGAAGUUGCCGAACGGCAUGUUGCGGGUGCAUCGUAUAAUGACUGAGGAAGAACUUGCGCAGGGUAAAGAACCGCGUUGGACGGAGCUCGAGAUACGCGGUCGCAAUCUAAGUCCAUUUUUGUGGGAAAUGAGAUGUCUUACCGCCCUUUUCUUGUACAAAAACCAUCUGACGAGAAUUCCUUGUGAAAUUUCGAAGUUAGAGAACUUGACAGUGCUGGAUUUGUCUGAAAAUAAACUACGUAGUCUGCCAGCUGAGCUGGGCGAUAUGAUCUCUUUAUGUCACCUUUACCUCAAUGGCAACCAAAUAAGGGUCCUCCCAUACGAGCUGGGCAAGCUGUUUCGUUUACAAACCCUUGAUCUUCGGUCAAAUCCUCUUUCUCCCGAAAUUAAUAAAAUUUAUUAUGAAGCUGGACCUCAGAAACUGCUUCGAUUUCUGUUAGAUCAUCUGGCAAUAAAUGCGACAGUACCUCCGGAUCGCCAGUGGGUGAUGAUAAGGCACGCGGAUCCUGAAAGACCGAUCGCGACGUUCACUGUUCUUUGCUAUAACGUUCUGUGUGAUAAAUACGCCACAAACAGUCUCUACUCAUAUUGUCCAUCCUGGGCUCUCAAUUGGGAAUAUCGAAAAGCAGCAAUUUUAAAGGAGAUCCGACAUUACGAAGCUGAUAUUAUCACCUUGCAAGAAGUGGAGACUGAACAGUUCCGUUGCCUUUUUCAACCUGAGUUAGAGCAAAUCGGCUAUGCGGGCAUUUUUUCACCAAAAUCACGGGCGAAAACGAUGGGUGAGGAAGAACGGAAAUUUGUUGACGGUUGUGCGAUCUUUUGGAAGUAUGACAAAUUUGAGCUGGAGAAAGAACAUCUCAUUGAGUUUACUCAGGUAGCUAUCAGGAAAGCUCCAACAAGUGAGAAAAUCUUGAAUCGUGUUAUGCCAAAGGAUAACAUUGCUCUUUGUGCUGUUUUCAAAAUCAAAGAAAAUGUCUACGCCAAUCGACAAAUGACUAUGGCUCCAAGCGACAAUGUGGUUGGAAAUCCACUUGUUGUGAGUACCGCACAUAUUCACUGGGAUCCAGAAUUUUGCGAUGUAAAGCUGAUUCAGUCCAUGAUGUUGGUGCAGGAGAUAAAUACCUUGCUGGAUGAAAUAUCGGAAAGAUAUCGUAUAACACCACAGCAGAUACCAGUUCUAAUUUGUGGCGAUCUCAAUUCACUUCCUGAAUCAGGAGUUGUGGAGUUUCUGUCGAAGGGAGCAAUUUCAAGGGAGCAUCCGGAUCUCAAGGAAUUCCGUCAGGAUCCUUGUAUUACACGUUUUAGUGCGUCCGAUGAUCCGACGGUUUAUACCCACGCACUCAGACUUGACUGCGCUGUGGACCCUAACUCAAUGCCGUUUACAAAUUACACGCUUGAAUUUAAAGGUGUUAUCGACUACAUCUUCUCAACACCGCAGUCAUUAGCUCGUUUGGGAGUAUUAGGACCGCUGAAUAUGGAAUGGGUACUGGCAAAUAAAAUAAUCGGUUUUCCACAUCCCCACGUGCCCUCAGAUCACGUUCCAAUAAUGGCCCAGUUUGCAAUCAUCCCAACAACCCAUCAGCGUACUCAGCCUGUUGUCCACCACUAUGGUAACAGUCAUUCCAGUUCAUUUGGUGCUGUUGGUCGAUAAAAAUUCACGAAUUUUCGUCUUCAAUUUGCACAGUCUCAGGAAGUAGUUUGUAUUCAUUUUAAUCGUCUCAUUUUCAUCCGUUGCUUCUAUUUCUUAAUUGAGGCGGAACUUUAAUAUGUGGGAUUAGUUUAACCUGAAGUAUGAUAUUUUGUUUCAUACAAUAUUUAGUCUCGAAGCAAGAGUAGGGCUUGGGUAUUAAAGCAAACACAGUUGUGGUUCAUUGAAAACUGACUUUUUCGGAGGAAAUACGAAAUCGUUAGUGGCUGGAGAAUUUAUGAGUGUGAAAAGUUGCAAUAAUUGGAAGAAAUCAUGGAAUGUAUUCGUGUGUUUGGUCCGUACUAAUGAUAGUCAACAAUAAUUAACUAUGCUUCACUGAGUUACUGCUGCUGUCAACAAAGAUGUCCGAUUAGUUUAGGCUGUUUGUGCCUUUUUAAUUUUGCGUCGAGGAAUGUAUUCUACCAUGUAAUUGUUCACUUUUCAUUCCAGGCACCGAUCAAUUUAGGCUUUUAUGUGUUUUUUGGCGAAUUGUUCAACCAAAUUCCUCAAGAAAUUUUUUGUGUUACGAUAAUCUCGUGAGGGAUAUUUCCAGUUUUUGUCGUUGGAUACUAAGUUUUACAUCCCUUCCAG